AUGGCGUGAUGUCUCGAUAUUUAAACUUGUCACAAUCUAUGCAAUGUUUGAAUAUAAAUUACAAAAUUGCCUUCCUAAAGUAUUUACAGAUAAUAUCAAAUACUUUUAACACACUUAAUCAUCAAGCUUUGCUGAAUUGGACAUAUCUGAAACUACAUGUCCACAUAACGACACAUUUUUAAGGUUUUGAAAUAUAUUGUCACGGUUAAUUUUAACAAACAGUAGCAAAGGACUGAGUAAAUUUAGUAAAAACUCGAACGCGGCGUCUGCUCGAAGUCCGAGGUCAAUCAAGACUAGAGAUCAGUUACAAGUGGGUCCGUAUUUUCCUGUUUUUCAAUAUUUUAUUCUCCUACAAAUUGGACGUUUUAGUGCAAUGGCUUCCACCGAACGCACUAAGGUAAUUCUUGGACAUCUCAAGCCAGCCAUCGGCGGCGAUGGUGUCUCUUCAACUGGUGACUUUGUGUGCCGCGAAUUCUGUUCCACGAGCGGCGUUGGCGAGGGGAUUGGUACCGUGAAAUGUGGCGAGGAGACGAACACAAAGAGCUCCAUUUGCCUGCAAGAGUGUGCGGCUGUCUCGGCACAGACUGACAAAACACCCAGGGUUCCCAAAAUCAGGCAGGAGGCAUUGAAAUGGAAUGGUUGGGGCUACAAAGACUCCAGAUUUGUCAUAGGCGACAACAAUGAAUUCUCAUUCAGUGGAAGUAGGUACAACAUCGCAGGGGAAUUGCCUCACUUCAAGGCCUGGAUUGACUCAAUAGAAGGGUUCAGUCCGGACAACAGAAGUCAGUCACAGGAUGAGAUUAGGUCAGAGAAGUUGCCAAGUGUCACACGCAACGAGGGCUUCUUGGAGGAUGUCCAGAAAGAGGGAAUCUCAUUCUCUUUUGACCCCCAAGACAGACUGUUCCGUGCUCAUGGUCAUACGUUAGACGAAAUGUUCACGCUUCGUGAGGGCACCUUUGAACGCAUUCCUGAUAUUGUUUUGUGGCCGACAUCUCAUGACGUGGUUUGUAAGAUCAUAGAGUUGGCCUGCAAACAUGACGUGUGUAUCAUCCCAUUUGGAGGUGGAACCAGUGUGACCAAAUCAUUACAGUGCCCGGUUGAGGAGAAGCGAAUGAUCAUUUCACUGGAUAUGUCACAAAUGAAUCGUAUCUUGUGGGUGGAUGAAAAGAACCUGACGGCUCACAUAGAGGCUGGAAUUAUGGGACUGGAUCUGGAAAGAGAGCUUGGCAAUUAUGGCCUGUGCACAGGCCACGAGCCAGACUCGAUGGAGUUUAGCUCUCUGGGUGGCUGGGUAGCGACGCGAGCUUCUGGCAUGAAGAAAAACGUGUACGGCAACAUUGAGGAUCUGCUGGUGCAUGUUAAAAUGGUCACACCAAGAGGCGUGCUUGAAAAGAAUUGUCAGGUUCCGAGGAUGUCCACUGGCCCGGACAUCCACCACGUCAUCCUGGGGUCAGAGGGCACGCUCGGGGUCGUGACAGAGGUCACGCUGAGGGUGCGUCCCCUCCCGCCGGUGCGACGAUACGGUUCAGUUGUUUUCCCGGCAUUCCAUCAAGGUGUUGACUUUAUGAGAGAAGUCGCUAAACAGCGUUGUGCCCCAGCUUCCAUAAGGCUCAUGGACAAUGAACAGUUCAAGUUUGGACAAGCUCUGAAGGGACCUGCAUCAUCAAUGUGGACGUCACUGAUGGACAGCUUGAAGAAAGUCUAUGUUACCAAGCUGAAAAGGUUUGAUCCCAAUCUGAUGGUGGUAGCCACACUUCUCUUUGAAGGCAAUAAAGAGGAUGUAGCAGCCCAGGAGAAGAAGGUCUAUACAAUUGCCUCAGACUUUGGGGGUCUGGCGGGAGGCGAAGACAAUGGCCAGAGAGGGUACAAUCUGACGUUUGCCAUCGCUUAUCUCAGAGAUCUGGGCUUGGAUUGUUACAUCAUCGCAGAGUCCUUUGAAACAACUGUGCCUUGGGAUCGUGUUAUUGAUCUGUGCCGCAAUGUGAAAGAAAGGCUGUACAGUGAAUGCAAGCGACAUGGCAUACAGUACCGCCCCUUGGCAACAUGCAGAGUCACCCAGACGUAUGAUUCAGGUGCCUGUGUGUAUUUCUACUUCGCUUACAUGUACCGUGGCCUUACGAACCCCAUUGAGGUCUAUGAAGAUAUUGAGGCUGCAGCAAGAGAUGAGAUCUUGGGUAUUGGAGGCAGUCUGUCCCACCACCAUGGAGUCGGAAAGUUGCGCAAACAGUGGAUGACAAAGGCCAUAUCGGCGCCCGGAGUGGAAACAUUACGUGCCAUCAAGAAACAUCUCGACCCCCAGAAUAUCUUUGGAAACAACUGCUUGAUCUGAGGCACAGAUUAAUUUUUUUUUUUUUAAUUUACGUCGCAACUGAUCUAACCGCAGCUGAACACAACUGCAUUGACAGUUCUCAAUGACGAAUAUUAGGUUCUGAGGGGCAAAGAAAACAACUUUUAUGCAAUUAUAAUCUGGAAAGUAAAUUCAAGGGGCUGUCAUUACAUUUUUCGAUUGAUGAUAUGUGCAUCUUCUUCUACACAUGUACAACAGCAUGCAUCACAAUUUUUUGAAAAUCUGCUGUGUUGAUGCCAACUUGAAUUUUAUAAACUUCAUUGCUAGUCUUUGGGUAUGUGUGUCAACUUGUAAUGUUUAGCAAAAAACACCAAUCUCCAAAACUCAGUUCUUAGGAUUUACAAAUGUACAUGUAAAUGUGUGUAGUGUUAAUGCUCAUUACUUUGGCCGUGUUUUGUUACAUGUAAAUUUGGAAUCUGUGCACAAUUAGUCCCAAAAAUAAAGAUCACACACGGUGACAAUAAUAUGCUCAGUGCAAAGACGCUGUGCACCAGUGGUAAUGUUGUCAGAGGCAUAAGCCUAGAAAUUGCAACUUCAUUAAAAAAGAGAUAGUAACUUUUUUUGACAGCACUUUGUCCAAUUCUUAUGAGUAAUGUUUUACUGUCCUAAGAUCUGCUGAUGUUUUGUUUUUAGAAAGUUUUAAAUAUCCUCAUGUCAUUAGAAGCUGUACACUCAACAAGCUUGUCAGUUGAAAAUUUGAGAUAAUAUUUUUCUUGAUUUAAAAAUCAAGACUUGAGUUUUAGUUAAAUAAUGUCAUUCCAAAGGAAUUAUGUAUUUACUGCUUGGAUAUAUAAAACACAAUCUAUUAAUAAAAUAGUGUGUAUUUUUACUUGGUUCUCAUGAAAAAUAUGAGAACAGCUGACACCAUUAUUGCUAGUGAUUAAUAUCAGGAAAAAAAUAAUUUUAGAAUGCUUCCCACCUAUUAUUUUUUAUACUGCAGCAAGUUGUCUUAACAUCCCCAUGCUGUUCAAGUAAUUUAAAAUUUUGAAAGCAGUGACUUUUUUGGUGCUUUAUAUGUCUUAUGUCUUGCAUCUCGGUAAUGGAGAAAUGUAGUGUUUAAGUUUAGAAUGAUGGUGAAUUAAUGAUUCAUGUGACCACCAUAAGAUUUUACUGUCCAUUGAGGCAACCAUCAAACAAGAUGCGUGUAUUUCUUAAAAUGAUAAAAUCUGAGGAACGGCAAAAAAACAGGAACUUAUUUGAGCCUUCUUACCCCAACAAAUAACUCACAAUUUAUGUUUCAUAAAUUAUAAAUUAUAAAUAAAUCUAUGUUUACAUUAUAAAAUAUAAUUACUUUUUGUUCAUCUGUGUCUGGAGCGUUAUGAUGAUAUAUCACAGAUGUACACUAGUAUUAGUUUUAAAAAAAUUCGAUUUUCCCCCCUAACUUUUGGUGCAGAAGUUUUUGAAGGCUCAUAUUUUGUGCCUGAAAACCCAGAGUCUAAUAUAAUAAUUAAAGUAAAAAUUGGCAUUAUUUUGUAAUUGUGGGAGACAUAUUGUUGCAGUGUAAAUGAUUUCUCAAAAGCAACUGAAACCGUGUUUAUGUGCAGUUUUAUAAAACUAAUAAAACAUUCCCUCCAAAUAUC